UAUCUUUCUUCCUUGCUUUUCAUCCAAUAAGCCCGAGUCACUUAUGUAGGGUAAAUCCUCGCAGCAUCACCACUUGCCGCUUCCUCCUGUCAAGCCUUGAUUUGUGGAGCAGCAGUUCACUCACUCCGCAGGAAGGAGAUGGAGAGACUGGGCGUCCACAGGAAGAAGAGCCCCAAGCAAUCCAAGGCCAAGAAGACGCCCAUCAAAGUGGUGUACAUCUCCAACCCCAUGAAGGUGAAGGCGAGCGUCGCCGAGUUCCGCUCCGUUGUCCAGGAGCUCACCGGCCAGGACUCCGACAUCGCCGGCUUCUCCAAGUAUCGCUCGGUGGACACCGAUUCCGGCGAUCCCCCUCCCUCUAACUCCCCCGGCUUGGCCGUCGAGUCAACCCGGGCAAACCCUAGCGGCACGGAUCUGCUCUACGAUGCGUGUCGAAGGAUCACGAGCCCGGUGAGGGAGUUGGAUGAGUACUUCGACGUCUCAGAAAUGCGCGAUGGUUUUGCAGAGUUCUCGCCGUCGCCGCUGCACUACGAGCCCCAAAGCCAUGGCGUUCGUGAUUGCGUCUGAUGAAGCGCAAAGGAUGCACAGGCGAUCUCGCUAGUAAGUUUGGUUGUGCAACUUUUUCGAUCUAUCUCAUGCUGUCGCUCAAA